CCUGAUUGACACGCAACAAACACUUUUCCCAUAAUGGAGCAGUGACAAAAUAAAUCAACUGGAUACAUCAGUGUUUAUGGUGUAAUUUAUUCGUGUGAAGAAAUGUUACAAGACUUAUCCAGUCAUAUACCACUUAAAAACAGAAUGUCAUCCAUUAAAUUUUUUGGCUGGGAGGUGCACUAUGAUGAGGACCGUCACCUUCAGGCAGAACAAGAAGCCAAAUCAGGCAGCCGUUAUACCAUGUACCACGGCACCAAAGUCCAAACGGCGCAAAUGAUCAUACAAAACGGCUUCAGCCAAUCUCCAGAUGGAAUGCUUGGACCUGGUGUUUAUGUGAGCCGUGAUCAGAGGAAAGCAGAACGAUAUCCCCUGAACAGCCCAUUAACUGACAAAGUAGUGCUUAAAUUAAGUGUGGACUGUGGAAAAGUAAAAAGAAUCGAUAAGGACAACCAUCCACUACAGAAGACCUGGCAUAAUGCUGGUUUCGACACUGCUUGGGUCCCCCCCAAAUGUGGCAUGACAGCUGUGCCAAGUGGUCUAGAAGAAGACUGUGUCUGGGAUCCAAAGCGAAUUGAUGUUGUAGGUAUUGCUGUAGCACCCAACCCAACCAUCUUGAAUAGCCUCAAGCAGCUCAUUGCUACAAAACAAAAAAGCCUCUCGAAUUCUGGCAACUCAGGCACUUGUCAAUAUUGCAAGUGGAAACCGGGACCCGGACAUACGGUACAGUCCUGCUGGGGGUGUGGAGAGACUAUCUGUACUCUGAUGACCAAACACAAGUGUAAUCAAUAGGGCUGAGAAACUAAUAAGGAAACAAUCAUGAUUUGAAAGACACAUUAUCCAGGAAGCUGUGUUGGAUUGUGACUGGUUUAAUGAUGUGUGUCAGUUUAUAACUUUCCUUUUGAAAUGCAUUGAAAUUGAAAAAGACAAAUCUCUCAGAAAUGUGAAAACUUGCACAGAACAAUAUCUCUAGCUUUUUUCAAUACGUUUUCUUACUGUGAAUUUCUUGCACCCAUGUUAGAUUGUGAAGUCAUCAAAAAAUGUAAAUCAAAUGUAAACAAUAAAUCAGGCAAAUAAAUCAUAAUCAUGUUUUUGAAUUGAGUGUUAUUCACACUUUUUCUUUCCCCAUCAUUUGACUAAUUUAAAAUGUACUGCUGUAAAUUUUAGUUGGUUACAUUGUCAGUAUAUGACAUACACCAAAGGGCUCUCAAAUGAUGCUCAAAUGUAUAAAUCCAUUAAUGUUAUAUUUUGU